AUGCUGUCCACCGUGCAGGACACGGGCAGGUACGGCUACCAGCGCUUCGGAAUGCCCACGGCAGGCGCGAUGGACACGUUCGCACUCCGCGCCGCAAAUGCGCUGCUCGGCAACGACCUUGGCGCCGCCGGUAUAGAAGCCACCGUGCUGGGCCCGCGCAUAAUCCUGCUUGCAGACACGCGGAUCGCCAUUACGGGCGCAAAUGUAUCUCCGACGGUGGAUCGCGAGCCGAUACCCAUGUGGCAAGCUGUGUCCGUCCGCAAGGGCAGCAGGCUUGAGUUCCACGGACCGAAGGACGGAAUGCGCGCUUACCUCGCAGUUGCGGGCGGCAUAGAUGUUCCCGUGAUAAUGGGCAGCCGCUCGACCUAUAUGAAAGCCGCAAUCGGCGGCUUGGAUGGCAGGCAAUUGCGCUCCGGGGACAUCCUCAACGCCUUCGGAGAUGCCCUGAGCGCGCUGCGACCAGUUCUACGCUUCCCCACAGAAGCGAUACCCAAGUACGGCGUCAAUCAUGAACUGCGUGUGGUUCUCGGACCGCAGAAUGCUGCCUUCACUCAGUCAGGCAUCGACACAUUCCUGAACUCAACCUACACCGUGUCCAUCAACUCCGACCGCAUGGGAUACAGGCUUGAAGGCGAGCCUAUCGAGCACGUCACAGGCCCAGACGUGAUAUCCGACGGCACGCCCUUGGGCGCAAUCCAGGUACCCGGCAGUGGAGAGCCAAUCAUUCUGCUCGCCGACAGAGGCACGACCGGAGGUUACACAAAGAUCGCCACCGUCAUCAGCGCCGACAUCAGCAGGAUAGCCCAGGCAAUGCCCGGGCACACCAUCACAUUCAGCGCUGUCUCGGUAGACGAAGCGCAGGAAGCGCACCGCAAGCAAGAGGAGUUGCUGCACUCCGUCCUGAAUGAGUCCACCCCAACCGCUAAACUUGCAGUUGUGAUGAACGACGACAUCUCUGAUAUACUCGGUGAGGAUGGCAAGCCGCUCAAUCUGCCAAUCUCAGGCGAAUCGGCAGCACAUCUCCUGAACGGCAAGGUGCGAAUAGGCGGCACAGCCUUCGAGCUUCAGAUAAACGCGCGGCGCAUUGACUCGACAAGCAUGCCCGACAAAGCAGCAAUAAAAUGCAAGGAGUAA